GGCGGCCGGAAAUUGCGCUCUCAGUGCUCGCUGUUUCGAAUUGCUGCUGAUCCUUCUGAACCUUUGACGUCUUCCCCACGGGCUCGGCGUGAGAGCGGCCGUGGAGUGCUAAGACUUAUCAACAGGCUAAUUUCUUCACUGCCAGAAUGGCAUCACUUACUACCUCCGCCCAGUGUUCGGCGUCUGAUGGUGCUUGCAGGAGCCCCCCGAGACAAGUCAAGCAGGUACGACCAAAACUGCCACUUUUGAAGAUUUUGCAGACAGCAGGUGCACAAGGUGAAAUCUUCACUGUUACCCAGGUCAUGCACUAUCUAGGCCAGUAUAUAACAAUGAAGCAGCUGUAUGAUCCACGGGAACAGCAUAUGGUAUAUUGUGGUGGAGAUCUUUUGGGAGAACUCUUAGGAUGUCAGAGCUUCUCUGUGAAAGAUCCAAGCCCUCUCUAUGCUAUGCUAAGAAGGAAUCUUGUUGCUUUAACCACUGCUGCUGCAGAUGCUGCUCAGACUCUCGCUAUCGCACAGGAUCAAAAUCUGGAUAUUCCAAGUCAAGACCAACUGAAGCAAAGUGCAGAGGAAAGUUCCAGUUCCAGGAAAGGUACUGAAGAAGGCGAUAUUCCCGCUGUGCCUACCUUACAGUGCAAACAACUUUCUAGAGAAAAUGAAGACUUGAUAGAAAAUUUAACCCAAGAUGAGACAUCUAGGCUGGACCUCGGGCUUGAGGAGUGGGAUGUAGCCGGCCUGCCUUGGUGGUUUUUAGGAAAUUUGAGAAACAAUUAUACACCUAGAAGUAAUGCCUCAACUGAUUUACAGACAAAUCGGGAUGUGGGAACUGCCAUUGUUUCAGAUACUACAGAUGACGUGUGGUUUUUGAAUGAGUCAGUACCAGAGCAGUUUGGUGCUGGAGUAAGAGUUGAAGCUGCUGGUACUGAACAAACAAGUGAAGAAGUAGGGAAAGUGAGAGACAAACUGGUGAUUGAAGCAGGAAACAGUGAUGACCUUGAGGACACUCAGUCCAUAUGUGAUGAUACUGAUGUAGAGGUUGCCUCUGAGGAUGAAUGGCAGUGUACUGAGUGCAAGAAAUUUAACUCUCCAAGCAAGAGGUACUGUUUUCGGUGCUGGGCCCUGAGGAAGGACUGGUAUUCAGAUUGUUCUAAGUUAACCCACUCUCUCUCCACGUCUGACAUCACUGCCAUACCUGAAGAGAAGGAAAGUGAAGGAAUCGAUGUUCCUGAUUGUCGGAGAACCAUAUCGGCCCCAGUUGUUAUACCUAAAGAUGGAUAUAGAAAAGAAGAAAACCCCAGACUCUUUGAUUCCUGCACCUCGGUGGAAUUCUUGGAUUUGGCUCAUAGAUCUGAAAGCCAAGAGACCAUAUCAAGCAUGGGAGACAAAUCGGCUGAUCUUUUUAAACAGAGAACAGCUGUAGAAAACGUGGAGGAUUGCCGGAAUCUUUUGAAGCCAUGCAGUGUAUGUGAGAAAAGACCACGAGACGGGAACAUUAUUCAUGGGAAGACGAGCCACCUUGUCACCUGUUUUCCCUGUGCCAGAAGAUUAAAGAAGGCUGGAGCUUCAUGUCCUAUUUGCAAGAAAGCGAUUCAUUUGGUUAUUAGGGUUUUUAUAGCAUAGCUGAAUCAAUGAAUUACAAAAAUAUUAACAGGGCCAGAGCAUGUAGCAAAACAUCAGUGUUAAGCAUUUCCACUCAGUGUGACCCAUCGUGUCCAUUCAUUUAUUCAUGUUUUUCAGGACAUUUUUUGCUUCCAAACAUGGAAAUUGAGAAUGAAUUCUUCAGAACUAGAUCAUUAAUUUGGGGGCUCAAUUAACAAUGGGGUUUUUCCAGAUACGGGAAGUAAACAAGAUUCUUUUAUUUAGCAUUCAUAUUUAAUUUCUAGAGGAUAAGGUUUGUUAAAAUCCAAGAACUUUAAAACUAGAAUGCACUCAUAUACUCAGCCUCUUUUUAUUUUGCACAUGAGGCUAAAGGUUGAGUGACUGCAGAAAGUCAGAGCUAGUACUGGAAUUCAGAUCUAUAUUUUAAGUCAUAUUUUCAGUAAAUCUUGAAGCCAUACUUGCUUUCUUCUUAUUAGUUGUUAAAUAUUUAAAUGGUGGUGCUUGUUGAAUUUGGAACAACCCAUAGCCUUAAAAUAAUGGAGAAUAUGACUUAGCAGCCAAGGUUGGCCUUUAGAUAGAACAGUAGUUUGUAGCAGUUUUUCCCAAAAGAGAGAAGGCCCAGUAAGUGUCAGGCUUUCCUAUAUAAUCAUGUAAGUGAUUCCUCCUAUUGGGAGGGCAAGUAAAGGUGGCAAAGGGCCCUGAAGCAUUUUCUCCAAUACGGUCCCUUCUUGGGGAGUGCAGCUCACAGCUCUGCCUCUGGGGACAGGAACAAGGCCUUUCCCCAGUAUGGGGGACUAGCCCUUUGAUUUCAGUAUUUUGUUGGGCUUUGGUAAAUGUUUUAAAACUUCAGAAAGUUAAAUUACUUCCCUGUUACUCCCCCAAGACUCCUUUCUUCAUGUUAGUUUGACAGCCCUCAAUUUUAUUUUUUCCGGUUAGGUCUUUUUACAAGGGAUACCUUACAAGAGGCAGGGAGAAUUGGGGAUCUGCACUAGGAUCCUGUGAUUUCCCCUUAUAUGAAGUUACAGUUUUUUAGAAAACUUAAAAAAAAUCUUAAAAUUUUAUUCGUGUUUGUAGAUAGUUGAUUUUGGUGCGACCUUGUACAGACACCUCUUAUGGUACUCAGCUUUCUUUUCUGCUUUGUUCAUGUGGGGUUUUCACUCUUCCCACUAGUACUAAGUACUUUGCUUAGAAGGCCCUUGAUCUGAGUGAGCUGAAAAUAUAAAAACCUACAUGGGUUUGCUGUACCUCCAUGGAGCCUUUUGAAUGACUGAAACUGUUAUAGAGAAGUGAAUCUGCAGAAAGAGGUAAUCAGUAGUUCUUGGUAUUUUAUAUAAAUCCAAGAUGCUGCCUCUGCAAAAUGUUUUUCUUCAUCCAGAACCCUUACUUAAUGUCUUCUGGGAGUAUAGCUCAGGAAGUAGAACUCAUGAUUUCUUGGAGGUAGAAUGAAAUGGGUCAGGAAUGCUUCAAAGAGCCAAAUAUUGCAUAUCGGAGUAGUUUUUUACAUGUUGAUGUGUUUGAGAUUUUGUUCUUUUUUCAAUGCGUGUUCAUUACAGAUUUAUUUUAUACUCACUACCACUAAAGCAAGACAUUUGCAUGUGAACUCUUCAUAGUUUGCUACUGUAAGAUAAACUUUUGACUUUCAAACACUACCGUUUAUCUUCAGUUGUGUUUAGGAUAACUAUAUGCCCUGGGUUGCUGGAAACAGUGGCAGUUCACCCCUGGUUUUCAGCAUCCUAUCUGGUUUGUCCUGUCUCGUCCCUUUCACUCUCACAUAGUUUCACUGAGAUGUUAAAUCACAUUGUCCCCUAGUCAGCUGCCCUGAGCUGAGGUCCUGACUGAGCGGAGGGGCCUGUUAGAGUAGGUGUCAGUGGGGUCUGUCUUUUCUGCUCUAUCGCACUACACGAUUGUGGUUGUUGGAAUCAUCCCACAUUAGCAGCAGGUUUCUUGUUCUGUUUAAAUUAGUAUUAGUAUUUGUGAUUAUGUUAUCCAUGACAGAAGAUUCAGAACAUCAGUAAUGAAUCCUUACAAGGAUUUUUGUAAAUCGUACAUUUAGUCUACAUAUAAUCUGUCCUACAUUAACCCUACAUAUAAUCUAUAAAUGUAGGAGUUUUGUAAAUCCUUACAAAAAAUUUAUAGAUUAUAGCUAAAACUGUUUCCUGUCUUUUAAUAACUCAACUGUACUUGCACUCCAUUUAAUAUUUGGUAUGUUUUUAUAUUUGAUACUUUAAUCAGACUUUAUACAAAUUUAAGACCAAGACUUUAAAACCACUAAAUGUAAACCAAUAAAACCACUUCUGUAAAGCCAAUGUAUGGAAUGUCAUAGGUUCUCAAUUCUAAGCUUGAAUAGUGUGUGAGCAUCCAGCCAGGCCAGCUUCCAGCCUGCCAUGAACUCCUGAAAUGUAAAAUUGAAUCACUGCCAUGCAUUUGAAAGAUGCAGUUGUUUUAAUAAUUUAUAUAUAUUUAGAUGUAUAUAAUGCUUUGUAGGACAUUAUUUUUUUUGUAAGAAUUUAUUUUUAAAGGUUAGGAUCAUUGGUAGCUUUUUAAAUGCCAGUUCAAUGCAACGUCACCUCCUUUGAAAAGUUGUUAAUGAGAAAUUGGUGAUUGUUAUUAUACUGUUACCUCGGUUCUCUUUAGAAAGGAGGAGACUUGUUAACUAGCUGUUUGGUUUUAUUUCCCACAGAGAGCUAUGUAAUCUGAAAGUAUAUGCCUUUAGAUACUGUGAAUCUUAUUUUCUGUUUAGCCAAGUAGCUGCUUAAAUUGUGGAAACCCCUGUCCUAAAGAACAAAGGACUCGUACUGCUGGUUCUCCCGUUCAUGGGUAUACAUGUGUGCACACACAGUAUCAAGACUGGUAAUUCUUUCGCUAAAAAUGGAUAUAGAUUAGAAGCUAGCUGUGUUUAGAAUCUACACUUCAAAGAUAAAGGAACCUGCACAUUCUUUCCUGUGCCAAAACUAAAAUGUACACUGUUUACAAAUGCCUGGGCUUUGCGCUGACACAGGGUAUGCGGAGGUUACUUUGCUGGGAUUUCCCAGAUUUGUAAUUAGUGGAGUUGCACUUUGUCAUCUGAGGAAAAAUACUGAGAACCCUAAACUGGAACUGAGUGUUUGAGGUGGUGGCUCCAGUGGCUCCCCAGAGCCUAAUUUGGGGACCGUUUUUCUAGAUUGCUUUGACAUGUACUUUCUGUUAACAGUUUUCUUUGUUUGCCAUUGCUGUAUUAUUCCUUCAUAGGAGCCACCAUACCUUUUUUCUGCUGUGGGAGAACAUCCCAGUAUUUUAAGAUCUUAUACAAGAACGAGCAAUCCCAACUAAUGCCGUUUUCAGUGAAUGUGGCGUUGUUAAAGAAAACAUAAUAAAUCUGUACUUGCAUUUACUGUACCUCUAUCAAGAACUUUUUGAAUGACUGAAAAGGUUAGAGAAAGAAGUGUAUCUGCAGAAAAGGUAGUCAGUAUUUCUUGGUAGCUUAUCUGAAAUGCAAGAUGUUGCUUCUGCAGAUGGUGUUCCUUUAUCCAGAAUCCUUAUUGAAUGGCUUCUGCGAGUGUAGCACAGGAAGUAGAACUGAGCAUUUCUUGGGGGUAGAAUGAAUCACGGAUAUAAAAAAGGGCAAGUACUGGUGUCAGCAAUUUGUCAGAGCAGUUGUGGACUUAGGCAAAUGCCUUAUUGAAAAUUGGCAUUAUGAUAACAGCAUGAGUUUAGCAGUACACCUGCUGUUAUCCCAGGGUGUUUUUUAAAGCAGUGAUUAGUUGAUGUCAGACAGUUCCCCCUCCUUCCUUCUUUACUAUUACUCUUUUCUUUUUUCCCUUGGAGUUCAAAGUUAUUCUCUACUCUUGGGUAUUGCAUGUAUACCAGAGGCCUUCCAUAUAGCAUGCCUUUAGGUAAGAGUCCUCUUUCCAUUUGGUCCUGGGAAAUGUUUCUGUUGCAGAGUUAGUUGGUGGAUUGUAGCAGUAAGGAAGGGAAGCUGUGACAUCAGAGUAUCUGAUGUCACAACAACUUGUCAUUGAAGCUUUUUUAGUGUCUGUCAUGGGGGAACAAGGCAAUUAGCUCCCCUAUGUCUCAGCACUAAGAAAUUGGGGUCAACCUUCCAUCUUCCUACAGGAGGAUUAUGUCUUUCUCCUUAUAGUUGGCAUUGGUCCUUCUUUUUAAAAGUAGAGAAUGUUUUCAAAGGGGAAUGAAAUGUUUCUGCCCCCUUGGCACUUGGCAUAUAGGGGUCUUAAGCAGCCUGUGAAUGGGAGUCUCCUUAGUUUAUAGCUAGAUGCUUGUAAGAGCCUCUUAGAGAUAAGGAGUAAGGUGAUUGCACUACCUUGAGUCCCAGUCCUAACCUUCCGACACCUCAGUUUUUCUCGUUUGUAAAGUGAUAUACAUAACUACCCUCUGUACCUCAUAUAGUUUGUUGUGAGGAUUAAGUAUGUGGGAACAAUUAAACUCGUAAUAACCUUGAAUAAGAUAGUACAAGUUGUUGUGUUUUUGGUAGACCAAGCUCUGGGGUUUUCAUAAAGUGUGAAGAAAAUGGCAAUUUAAAAUAACUCUGAAUAGUUGCCCGCUUGCUAAAAUGAUAAGCGCCACCAAAUAGCUGUGUGUUUUUUUGGUGUUUGCACUAUGUAAUGCUUUUAAAAUAUCUGUUGAUUCUGUUGUGCCUUUUUGUGUAAUAAAUAUUUUUAAUUUUGCCA